AUGAAAAUCAAGGCAAUUUCUCGCUCCACGGCGUCCCAGCAGGCGCCAGGCUCUGCUGUCGUUCGACAGCCCCGAAAUCUGGAUCCAGGCCAGCAUCCAUUCGAACGAGCUCGUGAAUAUACCCGUGCAUUGAAUGCUGUCAAGCUAGAGCGAUUGUUUGCCGCGCCAUUUGUGGGCCAGAUGGGCGACGGUCAUGUGGAUGGUGUUUAUACAAUGGCCAAAGAUCCGGGAUCGCUACAACGGUUUGCGAGUGGUAGUGGUGACGGUGUCGUCAAGGUUUGGGAUUUGACAACUCAAGGUGAAGUCUGGAACACUCAGGCACAUGAAAAUAUUGUCAAGGGAUUGUGUUGGACUCCCGAACGGAAAUUGCUUUCAUGCGCAAGCGACAAGACCAUCAAACUUUGGGAUCCAUACAACUCCUCACCUGAAGCACCACCGUUGGGAACAUAUCUAGGCCAAAGCGCUUUUACUGGGGUCUCGCAUCACCGGAACCUACCGUACUUUGCUGCGUCGUCUUCUCAGAUUUCUAUCUACGAUUUGUCUCGGCCCUCCUCGACACCUUCCCAGGUCCUUCACUGGCCCACCAGUGUGGAUACUAUCACCUCACUGGCCUUCAAUCAGACAGAAACAUCCAUCAUUGGGUCAACAGCUAUUGAUCGAUCAAUUAUCAUGUAUGAUCUUCGAACUUCAUCGCCUGUUCACAAACUUGUCCUACGUUUGGCAUCGAACGCCAUUUCCUGGAACCCGAUGGAGGCAUUCAACUUCGCGGUGGCCAAUGAAGAUCAUAAUGCUUACAUUUUCGAUAUGAGAAAAAUGGAUCGUGCCUUGAAUGUGCUCAAGGAUCACGUCGCUGCGGUCAUGGAUGUCGAGUUCAGCCCGACUGGCGAGGAACUCGUGACGGCUUCUUAUGAUCGAACGGUGCGCUUGUGGAGUCGAGCUCAUGGGCAUUCUCGUGACAUUUAUCAUACCAAGAGAAUGCAACGUGUCUUCUCCGCUAAAUUUACGCCCGACAACAAGUACAUCCUUUCCGGGUCAGACGACGGCAACAUUCGACUCUGGCGUGCCAAUGCCUCCGACCGUAGCGGCAUCAAGAGUGCCCGCCAGAGAGCCAAGUUAGAAUAUGACCAGGCUUUAAUUACGAGGUACUCGCAUAUGCCUGAAAUCCGUAGGAUCAAGCGCCAGCGGCAUGUGCCAAGAACUGUGAAGAAGGCCGGAGAGAUCAAGAGAGAGGAACUUGCUGCUAUUAAGAGACGUGAGGAGAACGUUCGCAAGCAUAGCAAGAAGGGUGCUCUGCCACCGAGACGAAGCGAGCGUGAGAAGAUGAUCCUGACACAUGAGCAAUAA